GAUGUUGAGCUAAAUCAAACAUAGAAAAUUGAGAAGUUAGAUGGAUUCUUGCUGCAACACAUUGGACCAAAAGCUGUCUCAGUUGGUGAAGAUUUCAUUGUAAAGCAACUUGCUUCUGGAAAUAUUACAAUGCAACCUGUGGCGAUGGAUGGACUAAUCAUCCUAUGCAUUGAAGAUAAUACUGAUAAAAUCAAGGGAGUUUGAAAGUCAACAAAGGUGUGCUUAAUAAUGCUCGAAUAAUGCAAAAGAACCUUCGUGGAAAGAUUCGUUGUUCAACGCCUCAAAGUCGUCUCUUCCAUUUCACUUCCAAAAGAUUUUUAUACACUAUUAGCAGCAUCAUCGUUGCGAUUAUUUAAUGGCUCAUCCUUCUUCCUCCUCGUCUUUGGAUCAAACUAAGCGCCAGUUUGACGUGUUUGUGAGUUUCAGAGGCAAGGAUACUCGUAAUACCUUCACCUCUUACCUUCUUCAGUCCCUACACCGGAAAGGUAUUGAUGCUUUCUUUGAUGGGAAACUCCGGCGAGGCAAGGACAUAUCAGUUCUCUUUGACAGGAUUGAGCAAUCAAAGAUGUCGAUCAUUGUCUUCUCAGAGAACUAUGCUAACUCCACCUGGUGCUUGGAGGAACUCUGGAAGAUAAUGCAAUGCAGAGAGAAGUCCGGUCAUGUGGUUUUACCAAUCUUCUACAAGGUCAGGAAAUCUGAUGUGGAGAAUCAGACAGGGAGUUUUCGAACUCCCUUCCAGAACCCAAAAGCGAGUUUCAAGGGACGUGAGCACAAAGUUGCGGCAUGGAAGGAAGCUCUAAAGACUGCUUCCAAUAUCCUGGGCCAUGUACUUCCUGAGGAACGACCAGAGUGUGAAUUUGUUGAAAAAAUAGCCACGGAAACUUUCAAGAUACUGAAUGAUUUGUCUCCAUGUGAAAUCACUGGCUUCCCAGGGAUUGAAUCUCGUUCCAAAGAUUUGGAGGAGUUAUUGAUGUUCGAUAAUGCAACCUGUACCCGUACCAUUGGGGUCCUUGGCAUGACUGGAAUCGGCAAGACAACUGUUGCUGCUAGCGUUUACAAACGAAACUACCGUCGGUUUGAUGGCUACUGUUUCGUUGAAGACAUUGAGAAUGAGUCGAUAAGGCGUGGAUUACCUCAUUUGCGUCAGAAGCUCCUAAGUAAAUUAUUGGAUGAAGAAAAUGUGGACGUCAGAGCGCAUGGGAGAUUGAAAGAGUUCCUCAGGAACAAGAAGGUGUUUAUUGUGCUGGAUAAUGUGACCGAAGAGAAUCAAAUCGAAGUUCUCAUCGGACAGCAGGAACUGUACCGGAAAGGAAGCAGGAUUGUUAUAACAACCAGAGACAAGAAACUGCUUGAGAACAAUGCUGAUGCAACGUACGUAGUUCCCAGAUUAAAUGACAGGGAAGCUAUGGAGCUUUUCUGCCUCGAGGCAUUUUCUGAAAACCUCCACUCUACGGAAGAGUUUAUGGAUCUAGCAGAGAACUUUGUGUAUUACACUAAAGGACAUCCGUUAGCUUUGAAGUUGUUAGGUUCAGGUCUACGCCACAAGGAAAAAACAUACUGGAUGCAGAAAUGGGAGAGGUUAAGGGUAGUGCCAGACAAGGAGAUUCAGAAAGUGCUAAAAGUGAGUUAUGACACAUUAGAUGAUGAACAGAAGAGCAUGUUUUUGGACAUAGCAUGCUUUUUCAGGUCGGAGAAAGCAGAUUUCGUUUCGAGCAUCCUGAAGUCAGAUCGUGUCGAUGCUGCAGCUGUGAUGAGGGAUCUUGAAGACAAGUGUUUCUUAACUGUUUCUUAUAAUCGGCUUGAGAUGCAUGAUCUACUGCAUACAAUGGCGAAGGAAAUUGGAUAUGAAGCAUCCGUCAAAAGGGAAGGAAAACGUACUAGGCUGUGGAACAACAAAGAUAUACGCCGUGUGCUGGAGCAGAGCACGGGAACUGGUUGUGUUAGAGGCAUUUUCUUGAACAUGUCUAAUGUCGAAAGGAUCAAGCUAAGUCCUGAUGUGUUCAUGAAGAUGUCCAAUCUCAAAUUCCUGAAAUUCCACUAUUCUCAUUGUUCCCAGUGGUGUGAUAACAAGCAUAAAUUUCAGUUCUCUGAAGAGCUUGACCAUAUUCCGGACGAACUUGUGUAUCUUCAUUGGCAGGGGUACCCUUACGAGUACCUGCCAUCAGAAUUUAAUCCAGAGGAACUCGUUGAUCUCAGUCUGCAUCAUAGCUACAUCAAACAACUGUGGGAAGAUGAGAAGAAUACAGAAAAAUUAAGAUGGGUUGACCUCAGUCAGUCACAAGGCUUGCUGAAUCUAUCAGGUUUGUCCAGGGCCAAAAAUCUUGAAAGAUUGGAUCUCGAAGGCUGUAAGAGUUUGGUUUUGUUGGGCUCGUCAAUCAAACAGAUGAACAAACUAAUUUACUUGAACCUCAGAGAGUGCACUAGCCUUGAGAGUCUUCCAGAGGGAAUCAAUUUGAAGUCUCUGAAGACUCUGAUCCUCAGUGGCUGCUCAAACCUUCAGGAGUUUCAAAUCAUAUCAGAAAAUAUUGAGUCCCUUUAUUUAGACGGCUCAACCAUAGAACGAGUUGUUGACCGCAUCGAGAGUCUUCGCAACCUCAUUUUGCUGAAUCUCAGGAAUUGUUGCAGGUUGAAGUGUCUUCCCAACGAUCUUUACAAGCUGAAAUCUCUUCAGGAACUGAUCCUCUCUGGCUGCUCAGCUCUGGAGAGUCUUCCACCCAUCAAAGAGGAGAUGGGAUGCUUAGAGAUUUUGCUUAUGGAUGGAACUUCCAUCAAACACACACCUGAAACUAUUUUGUUGAGCAACCUGAAGGUGUUUUCGUUCUGCGGGUCUAGCAUCGAAGAUUCCACAGAGUUGGCGUUGUUGCCUUUCUCAGGCAACUCUUGCCUUUCGGACCUUUAUCUCACGAACUGCAAUAUCUACAAAUUACCGGACAACUUUAGUUCCUUACACUCGUUGAGGUGUCUAUGCUUAAGCAGAAACAACAUUGAGACUCUACCUGAGAGCAUCGAGAAACUUCAUUGUCUGUUGUUUCUUGACUUGAAACAUUGCCGCAGGCUCAAUUCUCUCCCGGUGCUUCCAUAUAAUCUGCAGUACUUAGAUGCUCAUGGGUGUGUUUCUCUGGAAAAAGUUACUAAACCAGUGACAGUUCCCCUAGUAACUGAGAGGAUGCAUACUACUUUCAUUUUCACGGAUUGCUUCAAACUGAACCGAGCUGAACAAGAAGCUAUCGUAGCUCAGGCCCAACUCAAGAGUCAGCUACUGGCAAGGACAUCUCUUCAACAUAAUCAUAAGGGACUAGUUCUGGAUCCUCUGGUUGCCGUUUGCUUCCCAGGAAGUGACGUACCCUCAUGGUUCUGCCAUCAGAGUAUGGGAUCUUCGAUUGAAACCGACCUCCUUCCUCACUGGUGCAACAAUAAAUUUAUUGGAGCUUCCCUAGGUGUUGUUGUCACCUUCAAGGAUCACGAAGGUCGUCAUGCAAACCGUUUAUCUGUAAGGUGCAAGUGCAGAUUUCAAAAUCGAAAUGGCCAGUCAAUCAGCUUUAGUUUCUGUCUUGGGGGAUGGAACGAGUCAUGUGGAUCAUCUUGCCAUGAACCACGGAAACUUGGAUCUGACCAUGUGUUUAUUAGCUAUAACAACUGUAAUGUGCCAGUCUUCCAAUGGAAUGAAGAGAGUAACGACGGUAAUAGAUGUCGUCCCACUAGUGCCUCAUUUGAAUUCUACCUUACUGAUGGCACUGAAACGAAGCUAGAAAGGUGCAAGGUGACAAGGUGUGGGAUGAGUUUGCUAUAUGCUCCAGAUGAGAACGACCGUGGGUUCCAGGGAACUCGAGUUACAGAUACUGUUGAGCGUACAUUGAGUGAAGCUUAUGUACCCGUUAGAGGUCGGUCACACUCACAAAUUGGAGAAAGAAGGAAUGGUAGAAUGAGAGAUGAAAUCCCCUUAUGAGUGUUUACUCCAAGACUGGAGGUUCUUGGUCUUGAGACCAACGAAAGACCCUUUGGAUGUUCAAAGAAGAGCUCUCUCUACUUAUCUGGCUAAAGUUUGACGUCAAGCUUUUCCUUGGGUGUGAUUGUUAUUUGAGGAUGAUUGAUGAGGUCGUCACCUUACUGCAACUUUGUUCCGCUUUCCAAAAUACAAAACAGAGUAUGGUUCUCUAUCUCUGUUUCUCCCUUUACAUGGCAUGCAUGUUCAGUUGCUUGAGCUUGGUGGAACCACAGCCAUUGGUCUACAAGGUUCCAUGUUUUGAGAAGGUGUUUGCAUAAAAAUGUAUGUGCUCAGUGUUGAAGGAAGUAUGAAGAAAGUCGCGAGAUAAGUCCAAAUUGUUGAGCCAUUAUUUGUUUGUUCUGUGGUUGAUUAAAGAAACUUGUAUGUUUUUAUGAUUGUUGGUAUAUGUAAUUUGUGGUAUAGAGAUGAUUGUUGUUUGAAGCAUAAGGAAUGAGUGCUUGUUAGCUACUAAGUUAUCUGUAUUCAUUCUAUGACAUUAGACUGAUGGAUUUGGCUUGCCACGAAAGUGUGGAUGUUUAGUUUCAUGCUGAAA